UCCAAUUUAGCUCCUUUGAUUUGGCUCAUUGCCUCAGAUACAUUCCAAUACCAAAUAAUAAUUAAGCAAACAUUUGCAAUUGCAAAACCCAAUAACAUUUUCUUCCUCAAACUCAGUACCAAACUACUGUGAAUUUGUGAUGGCAAAUGAUGAUGUAUUUCUGAGUUUUAGAGGAGGAACACGCUACCGAUUCACGGAUCAUCUCUAUCAUGCUUUGCGGCGAAAUGGAAUCGACACGUUCAGAGAUGACGAGAAUCUGAGGGUAGGGGAUGAACUGAGACCUGUUCUUAUGAACGCAAUCGAGAAUUGCAAAAUGGCAAUAGUGGUGCUGUGUGAGAACUACGCAUCUUCGACGUGGUGCCUUGAUGAGUUGGUCAAGAUCGUUGACUGUCACGAAAAGCAAGGGAAGCAGGUUCUACAGAAUGAAACCUUCAGAUGUGUGGGAACAGAAGGGUUCCUAUGAGACAGCCAUGGCUAAACAUGAGGAUAGAUAUGGAAAAGACUCUGAGAAGGUCAAAGCAUGGCGAUUAGCUUUGUCCAAAGUAAACACGCUAAAGCUAAUAAGAUGGUUGCAUUGCACGGAGAGCACGUAUGAACCGGAGUUUAUCAAGAAUAUUGUUAGAGACACUGCUGACAGAUUACCGUUGCCUGAACCAACCCAGCAUGUAGUUGGACUCGAUACUUGCUGUGAACAAGUAAAAUCAGUGCUAAAUAUUGAGUCUAACGAAAAUAUUUGCAUGUUGGGAAUUUAUGGACCUGGUGGAAUAGGCAAAACCACAUUGGCCAGAUGUCUAUUUGACAAGAUCAAGCGGCAGUUUGAAGCUUCAUGUUUUCUCGGUAAUGUCAGAGAAAAAUCUGAAAGUCGCGGAAGCUUAGAAAGUCUGCAAAAGACAGUUUUAUAUGACAUGGGUGAGGAGACAAUAACUGACCUUGGCAGUGAAUUUAAGGGAGGAUAUGAAAUCAAACGGAGGCUUCGCCACAAAAGAGUACUUCUAGUUCUUGAUGAUGUUAAUUCAAUAACACAACUGGAAUCACUGGCUGGAGGGCAUGAUUGGUUUGGUUGGGGCAGCAGAAUCAUUAUAACAACAAGGGAUACUGAUGUGGUAGACAAGCAUGUGAUGGGUGAUGUUGUCACCAAGAAAUACAAGAUGGAGGAGCUAAAUGAUGAUGAUUCCUUGGAACUCUUUUGUUGGCAUGCUUUCAACAGGAAGGAGCCUGCAGAGAACUUUGAAAAUGUUUCAAGAAAUGCAAUAAGUUAUGCAAAGGGCUUUCCGCUGGCUUUAGAAGUAAUAGGCUCCCACUUAGGGGGUUUUACAAGUGUGGAUAGCUGGGAAGAGGAACUGCACAAGUAUAGAAUUGAUCCAAGUAUUCAAGGAGUACUUGAAAUAAGCUACAAUAGCUUGUAUGAACUUGAUCAGAAAACUUUCUUGGACAUUGCUUGUUUCUUCAAAGGAGAGAAAUGGGAUUAUGUUAAAAGGGUAUUGAAAGCUUGUGACUUCUAUCCAAUUGUUCGAGUGUUCAUUAAUAAAUGUUUAAUCACUGUAAAUCAGAGUGGUUGCUUGGAUAUGCAUGAUCUAGUACAAGACAUGGGCAAAGAGAUUGUAAUGAAUGAGUCACCAACAAACCCGGGUGAAUGCAGCAGAUUAUGGUCUCAUAAAGACAUUCUUCAAGUACUCAAAGAUGACACAGGAAGUAGCUCAAUUGAAGGAAUAAUGCUUCACCCUUCUACACUUGAAGAAGUAAAUUAUUGGAUUAAUUCUGCCUUUGACAAGAUGGAGAAACUCAGAAUUCUAAUUGUUCGGAAUACAGUGUUUUCAACAGCACCAAGUCAUCUUCCAAAUAGUUUACGACUACUAGAGUGGAAAGGGUAUCCAUCAGAGUCAUUCCCACUAGAUUUUCAUCCCCACAGAAUUGUUGAUCUCAAGCUACCUCACAGUGCUCUUAAAUUGGAAAGGCCAUUUCAGGUAUUUGAGGAUUUGACAUUUAUCAACCUCUCCCAAUGUCAAUCCGUUACACACGUCCCGGAUAUGUCUGGAGCUAAAAGCCUGAGAGUCCUCACACUUGACAAAUGCAAUAAACUGGUAGGAUUUGAUGAAUCCAUUGGAUUUAUGCCAAACCUUGUGUAUUUGAGUGCUUCGGAAUGCAGUAAGCUCAAACAUUUUGUACCAGAAAUGUAUUUGCCGUCUCUCGAAGUGCUUUCAUUUUACUUUUGUAAAAGCCUCCAAAGCUUCCCAGAAAUCAUGCAAGAGAUGGACAAACCAUUAAAGAUUAACUUGGUAAAUUCUGCAAUCGAGGAGUUCCCAAAUUCCAUUGGUAAUCUUACAGGGCUCGAGCAUAUAGACAUCUCUAAAUCCAAAAGACUCCAGUACCUACCAGGUAGCUUCUUGAUGUUACCAAAACUUUCCACAUUGACAAUAGACGGAUGUUCUCUGCUUGGAAGAUCAUUUAAAAGGUUCAAAGGACACAGCAGUCCAAAUAUAAGGAGACUGAGUUUCAGUGGUGCUAAUCUUUCAGAUGAAGAUCUUCAUCCAAUUCUUCAUGUUCAUCAGAAGUUGGAAGGCAUCAAUGUAUCAAAUAAUUGUUUUUCAUCCCUCCCAAAAUGCAUUGAAGGAUUUUUGCACUUGAAAAUUCUUGACGUGAGUUAUUGUAAUAAUCUUAUGAUAAUUCCAGAACUUCCAUCAAGCAUUCAAAAAGUAGAUGCAAGAUAUUGCCUAUCCUUAACUCCACAGUCCUCAACCAUGCCAUUGUCCAAGGAGACUAAAAGAAUUGAAGUUGUGAUGCCAAAAAAGGAGAUUCCCAAUUGGCUUGACUACAAUUGCAGCAAAGAUAUUCCUCUGUUUUGGGCUCGGCGAAAGUUCCCUGUUGUUGCUUUAGCAUUCAUGUUUGGGAGAGCCACUGGCAGUGAUAUUGAUGAGACAUUGAUGAAGGCUCUAGACUUCUGGCCUCAAAUUGCUUCAUCCAAAUCCUACACUGUUGGUCUCAACUUGUUUAUAGAAGACCAACAAAUAUUUCCGGAGAAGUCCAAAUAUUUCAAUGUUGGGGAAGAUCAUGUGUUACUUUUCGAUCUUCGAACUUUGUUCAGCGACAAAGAGUGGCAUGAUCUUGAUGCAUAUAUUGGAGAUGAUUGGAAAGCCAUUCAUGUUGUAUGUGAAUCAACCUUAACUCUGAAUCAUUGGGGAGUUUAUGUUUACAAGGGAGAGACAAACAUGGAUGAUAUUUAUUUCAAGCAUCUUCCCAACCACAAAUUGUCAAGCGAGUUAGUUCUAGAAAGAAGUCCGCAACAAACUCGGCAAAGAAUUGGACAAGUGAUAGAUAAUUUGAAUCCAACAGAAACAUUUGACAAUGAGCAUUUGUCUCUUGUUGAUCUAGAAGAAGAUAGUAUGAGCUUUACAAAGGCAUUGGUGAGGUCGUACAAGAUGGCUAAGGCUAACGAAGCUUCUUCGUCUUCUAACUAUGGGGCAAGUUUGAAGAAAGAAUCAGAAGAAUCUAAUUGGGACGUGUUGCGGUUAAUAGAGUUGAUGAAGGAGAAUGUGCCAAAAGAUAUUGCUGAUUCAAACCCUGGUCAAAUACAAGCUGUACAAGAAUUCGCAGAAGAGUUUUUUAAGGCACGUGCACAAUUUAUGAUGGAGAAAGACUGCGACACGUUGAAUAUUGGUAUGAUGAUUGCUUUAGAGGAAUACCAUAUUUUUGGACCUCCAACUCGUCGUUAUUGGGGAAGAAUAGAUUUAAAACAUGCAGAUGAUCCAACAUUCAAAGCAGUGAUGAGGAGGGCAUUCCAAGAAUCAUGGAGAAUUGAAGAACGCGCCAAAGCACACAAUAGAAGGAUGAUUCCCAUUCUUCUAUUGAAAUGCGAGAUUCCAUCCAUAUGGGGGGAAUCGUCGCAGAAGGAAGAAUAUGAUGAUGAUCCUGUGUUGGAAGAAUUAUUGAGCAAGAUAGAGAAAGAUGCUAUGGACUGUAAUAAAUCAUAUGGUAAAUUGAAGGCAUCUAUUACUUAUACUAAUGAACUACUAGCAGUUUCUGAUGAAUAUUUGCUGGAAGCAACGUAUAUCAGAGCACAUGAAAAUAUGGAAAAUGAAGUCAUGGCAGAAUGGGGAAGGUUAGAAUUGGCAUUAUGUGACAUGUUCAGAUCAAGAAUGCGAAGAUCAUUGUUUGGUUGGAGAAAGCUCAUGAUUCCUGGAGCUAGUACUAAGAAGACCUCUUAUGGGACAAUUAGAGUGGCACACGAAGAUCAAGACACUCAUGAUAAUAAUCGAAUGCAGCAUAAUAAGCUGUGGCGGAUCCAGAUUCCAAGGUACUUUAGAAGGUCCUUUUUUUUAUUUUUUUAUUUUCUUUUACGGUUUCUUUAUUCUGCUUUUUUGUUUUUUGUACGGGCUUUGUCUUUCACUUUUUGUUUUACUCUUUUGGUUCUUUUGGUUCUUUUACGGUCUUUUAUGUUUAUUUUUGUUUUUUUAUUUACUUUUAUUAUCAUGGUUUUUUUUUAUGCAUUUUCAUUUAAUUUUGCUCUGUCUUGUUUUAUAUUUUAUUUUCUAUUGUCUAAGGUACCUUUUUUUGGAAAUUUGGUCUGUGGUACUUGGGAUGGUCUAAGUAAGUUGGUGUAUUUUUCAUUUACCCUGCAUUACAUUUGUCUAACACAAUACACUUAGACAUCUUGGUGUUAAUUUAACUUACAAAUUAUUGUAUAUACAUA